UGUUUGUUAUUGUGAUAAACCAUCACAUUUAGACAUUUUAGCCAUCAAUUAUUAUAAUCAAGUCGAAGUAAUUAAGACAAUUAAUAUCCCUGUUUUUGUGAAAUCAUUAUCAAUUGAAAAUGAAUCAAGAAAGUUAUUAAUUGUUACUAGGAAAAAAGCAUUUCAGUAUAUCACUAGUACCAGUGGUGGUGGCCAUGGCAGUGAUCAGACUGGUAGUAGUAAGAUGGUCCCCAGUGUUUUAAUGUCCCAAGUGAAACGUCCCCUCAAUCUCUGCGGUGGAUCUAUUGAUAAAAUAUUUGUUUAUCUGAUAGACAGAAGCCGUAUGUUUGCCAUAAACAAUCAUAAUUUGUUAGUUAAUGAUCUCGUUACAAAUAAUCAACUUAAUUAUUAUAUCGACCUGGUGGAUGUAUUUUCCAGAAACAUUUCUGUCAGUGAAAUGUUGUCUUCCACUUUAUAUCUACAGGACCUGACAGUUUCUGACAAAGCUAGACAUGUCGUUGUCCCUUCAGGUUUUGGAGACCAAAAACCAGUGUACAUUCGCCGUUUGUGUGUUAUUGAAAAUAACCUGAUAGCGUCAUAUGACUGGAAUAAUAAAAACAUUAAGAUAUUCACAUUUGACGGUCAACUUGUGGACUCUAUCAAAUUGAAUGUUUUUCCUAUUAAUAUGUGUCGUUGGCAGAGAAACACACUGGUCAUUACAACUUAUGGUGCUAAGUCCCAAUUGUUGACUUUAAAAGUUGGGUUCCCAUUGUCGUCGGUAACCUACCUGACAAGAAAUGAAUAUAAAUGUAUUGCUUCUUUAUCAAACAAUCAACUGUUGUGUAGUAAAUAUAGAGAUAAAUGUAAUUUGUAUGUUAUCGUUAUAGACGAAAAACAUUCAACCGUGAAUAUAAUAAAACAAAUAGGCAUACCUGAGACAUUAACGAAAGACAGACGUGGACUUAUUAAUUACAUCUGUAAUAUUAUAGUUACUGCUAAUGGUGUCAUCAUUGUCAGCAAUAGAAGAUUCAUAAUAUUCUUCAACAGUGGUGGUCAGUAUUUGCAUUCAGUUAGACACUACAUGGCUUAUGAUGAUAUUAAAUACAACAACAUGACAAUUGAUGACAGUUAUUUGUACAUUUAUGGAUGGUGGGAUCGUUAUGGUGAUUUCACUGGCUAUAACAGCUUAGUCUGUUUGACACAGACAGGAGAAUACAACAGAAUAUUUAUAAAUAGUAGAAUUUAUAAAGAUAAAAUAGAUUUCACAAGUAUAAACUGUAAUGGUCCACGUUUUGCUGGGAGCCACAACAAAGAUAAAUUGUAUGUUGAAGGUUUGUUUCAGCUUAAUCGGGAAAAAUUCCCUGUUUGUCAUUUACAAACAGACGAAUGUCUUGUUCAGGUGAAAGAUAUUGACAUCUCUGAUGAAGGAAAGACAGUUGUGUGUGAAAAAGCCAAUAAUGGAAAUGUUAAAAUGUUUGAUAGAGAUGGGGAAUUGCUAUGCCACAGAGAUCUAGGAAGUUUAGUUGGUGGUGUGUGUUUUACACAUGGAAGAGGCAUAAUGGUCACGGUCCCUAACAGACGAGAAAUAUUUCAACUGAAGCAAGAAAAUUUGGGGAAAUAUAAAGUUUGGGAAAGUCAAGUACCUUAUGGUGUGAUAUGGAGAAAAGUGGGAAAUAUUUACUGGUGUGCACAUAUUGAAUUGAUUGAAUGUCAUUGCAUAAAGAUUGAUGGGGACCAAGUGAACAUUCUGGAAUCUGUGUCAUUAUCAAAUCUUGAUUCUGGUCUUCGUUUCCCUUCCAUUACAUCUGAAACGAAUAAGGAAAUAUUCAGUAAUGAAUUAAUUAAUAAAUUGGAAUACAGUGGCGGAGAUGAAGUGGAAAGAGGUAAAUCAGGUGAAAUAAUUGGUAAAAGUAGAUUAAAGGUGAGAUGUGGUAAUUACAUAGCGGAGAGUAAGCCAGGAAUUGAUGAAAUAUCAGUGAGGAGACUUCCAUAUCGGACAGCAAUGGUCCCUUUUUCCAUUCCUACAUGCACUGAACCUGUUAAUUAUGAUAUCGAAGACAGUAGAGAUUACAAUAGUAAACUAAUUAAGUUAGAUGAGAAUGUGAGUGUGUUGAUGUUUCGAGAAAGUGUCACAUUAAUCAGAACAACAACAACAGUGGACAUACUUCAACAUAAACAACUACCACAACUACCACUGGACAUAUGUUGGUGGAAAGAGGAAUGUUUCAUUGUCGCCUUUGGUGAAGAACUGAUGUUCUUCAACAGGGAUCUCCGUCGUUUAAAAACCAUCAAAACUAAGAAAUUCUACAACAGGAUUUAUAAAUACAACGACAAUCAACUCGUGUGUGGUGGUGGUGGUCCUUAUAUUGAAGACAUGACUGAAUGUAGAAGCUGGUCUUCCUAUUAUGUAGAUGUAAUUGCUAUUGAUGGAAAGGUAUGUAAAUACAUUCAUAAAGUGUGCUCUUGGCUGAGAAAGAAGGAGGAGAUAGAGGUGGUGUUGGAUAUAGUAGUGACAUCUGGUGGAGAUAUUGUCGUUGUGAAGGAAGAGCGGGAGAGAUACUGGAGUGGUUAUGCCUAUGAUGUCAUUUGGUUUAGUGAACAUUUGGUCAGAAGUAUAAAACUACCAAGAUAUCUAUACAACAACAUCCAUAGACAUUAUCUAACUACACAAGGUGAAUAUGUGUAUAUAGUAGACAGAUAUAACAAUAUUUACCAAAUACCUGGACAUAUUGAACAUCAAACAUCUGAAGAUAUUCAACAAUAUUUGCUCCUGGGAGGUAUCGAUAAUGAAGUUUACAAAGUUCUUGGUUUGGAUGUUUCAGACAAUUCUUUGAUGGUUUUUGGAAUUAUUCCUGGACGUCAAUCUUUUGCUUUUUUUUAUUUUGACAAAUAAAUAUUUUCAGAAAU